CUACAGUUUCACAAAUGUCAAAAUUUCACACGUUUUCUCGGCGUUGUUUGUUGUCCGGCGUUACAUUUUUUAUCGUUUAUUAUUUUAUUUCGGCUGUUGUAAUGUAAAAUGUAACGUUGGGGACUAAUGUCCGAUGCAGAUUUAUAAGUUAAAAUCCGAUUCUGGUUCCGUAGUCAACAUUAUAGUUUUGCUAUGUCCGCAGUCUAUUUUCUUUAGCUCAGAGACUCAGAGAAACCUGUAAUUCUGUGCUUCAGAGAAAUCUCUAAUUUAGUAUAAAUAUGCAAAUUACAAAAUGUUGGGUGCUGGGUCCAUUGUGUGGCAGGGAGAUAAUCUCCAACAGAUCAUCUUAUUUAAAAUAUAAAGUAAUACAAUAAAGAACAAAAUAUCGAUUAUUAUCAAAUAUCAAGGCCAAAAACAACAUAAUAAAUAUGUAGAGUGAAUAACAAUAUGAUAUUACCACCCACAAUAGCAGCCACACACACACCCAUUUGACACUAACACAUGCUCAAUAAAUGGAUUACACGUAGAGAGUGGUAAACAAUGGCCUCACAGACCCCCAUAAAAGAGAAUGUCGACCUAGAUCUCCGAAAUUUGGAUGACGAUAUAGUAGACCUCAUAUCAUAUGUCAAACAUAAUCUACCAAAACAAACGACAAUUGAUUUAAUUGGUGGCAUAUACUGCCACAUAUGUGAAUCAGUAUACAAUAGGAAGGAAUUUGAAAAUCAUUAUGAGAGAGAUCAUGGACAAGGGGAGAAACUCUUGUACUCCUGUGUGGUGUGUCACAAACAACACAAAAAUUACCGCAGUCUCCGUGGGCAUUGCUAUUACAUGCACCUCAGUAGGGGAAGACACAGAUGUGAACAUUGUUCUAAAAAUUUUUCAAAGUUUGCUGCUCUGAGAGACCACAUCAAUAAUAUGCAUAACUUCAAAUGUUCCACUUGCAACAAGCUAUACACAACCAAAACAGACCUACAACUGCACAAUAUCAUUCACGCAGAUCAAUCUAACAACUAUUGCCAAGCGUGUGAAAUUGAAUUACCCACAAUAGCUAGUUGCAAGGAUCACAUAGAUCUGCACACAGUCUACAUAUACAGUUGCCCCAUAUGCAAUGAGAAUAUAUCCAGCAAAGACGAUGCCGGCGCGCACCUCGCCAAACAUUUUGAUGAUGCAGAAGUGGAGAGCAGCGUACAACUCAUAAAAAAAUCUGAUAAUCACGAAACUCAUUUGGAAAAAUUGGGCGGCAUAGCUUGUUGCUAUUGCACAGUUUCGUUUGAGAACAAAGUGGUGUUCGAUGCACAUUUCUCAUCCAACCACAGCGACAAGGAGCUGGUGUACUGCUGUGUUGUUUGCAAGAAAUCAUUUGAGAAAUAUUCUGUGUUUUGGGAGCAUACCUAUAACCAUUCCACAAAGGACAAAUUUUGCUGCACCCUAUGUUACAAAACAUUCAACCGCCUGUCAAUGCUGGUCACGCACAUGGCGGCGUGUCAGAUGAGCAUGCACGUCUGUGAGAAGGACGAAGACGCCAAGGGCAAGCCGUUCGCGUGUCCCGAGUGCGGCCACCGUUACGUCACGGAGCAGCGGUUGCGCGGACACUUGCUGGACGCGCACGGCAUACACUGCCUGCGCUGUCUAGUACCUGAUUGCUCCAAAACAUUCUCAACGCCAAAAGAGUUGGUACUCCACCAGUAUGUGCACACUUCUUACCAGAACUGGUGCAGGCAGUGCGGUUUGAUGUUCACUUCGCUCGCCGCGUGCGAGCGUCACUUGGACGUGCACAGGAGGACGAUAUACAGCUGCCCCGUAUGCAACAGGGACUACAGGGAGAAACACGUCCUCGUCAAACAUAUAAUGCAGCAUUUUGAAAACACCGUGCACAUAUGCAAAUUGUGCGGAAAGGUCUUCAAUCACAAGCGCCGCUUCACCGAUCAUUUGCUAACUCACAACACCAAAGAAGCGUAUACUUGCACAUACUGUGGCAAAGGUUUCACUAAUCUGCACCGUCUGCAGCAGCAUCUGAACACCCACACCGGGUCCAAGCCAUACAAAUGUACGAUAUGCAACAAGACAUUCGCCAGCUAUCCUAAUUGUGUCAAACACAAGAACCGAAUGCAUAAGCUCAAUAACAAAGUACACCAGAAUCCCACUUCUGAUAAAAUUGAUAAUUUGAAAAAUGUUAAUAUUGAAUACACUAACAAAAAUAAGAAAGGCAACAUUUGUAAAUUAAAAGAAUUACAUCAACCUAAAUAUAAUGAGAGUUUAAUGGAAAAUGAUAACAGUACUGUUGUUGAUAAUUUGAAUUUACGUUCACCUGUGUAUAAUGAGAAUUUAAAUGAAAUCAAUAAUGAAAUUGAAUUCACUGAGAGUAAUAGCAAUAUUACUAUUGGUGAUACCAAUUCAAACACAAUAUAUGAUGAUAACAUGAUAGAAAUGAGUCAUAUUAUGCCCCAAAUAGAGUCAGAUAUGAAUGUUAGAUACGAGUUCCAAGUGCAGAAUAGUACAAUGGAAGCAGAGCCAAUACACAAUAUAGACAUUGAAAAGGAGUUGCUCAUCAUGGCGAAUAAUCCAGUGAAGCAAAUUAAUGGUAACUUUGAGUUUGUCGACUCCAAUAUACUUGAUAAUGUUUGUGUAGAGGUUUCACCCAACAUGGGUCCCUCUGAAGCAGUCUACUCCGCAGAGUACGGCCCAGAGUUCACCAUCGGAGACAGCUGUGGCAUCCUCGACUUGGACGACCAUAUGCUGCCCCACAUCGACCCUCUUCUCACAAUCAAGACUGAGGGUCACAUGACCUCUAACAUUCUACUCCCCCAGAACAUGGAAGCUGCUAUGUAUCAAGAGACCCAGAAAUGGGAGCCCCCAGUUUUUACCAAGGUAUGCCCCGAUCACCCCUACUACGGGGACAUGGUUGAUACCAAUCGGUUUUCUAUGAUGAACACCGAUAUAUUUUGAAGAAUUUUUUUUUACAUCUAGUUGAUAAUCGUAUUUUUGUAUUUACGCGUUAAGGCCGGAACGACACCGACGACCGGUUACGUGAGUCUGGGCUGAAUGUUAUAUAGCAAAUAGUAAUAUGUUAUACAUACUUUUGUUACUUGAGAAACAUGUUAUAUUUACAGUAACAUGGUAUAAUUGUUUUUUAUUCAUAAUUUGCAUCACGAUUGGUUAUAUAUUUCACUAAACAAUUAAACAUUAACUUGUUUAUUAAAUAAAGCAUAUAAUUAUGCAUUAUUAAGCAGUUAUAAGUAUAUUUUGAAGUAACUUUACAAAGCGAGUAACUUAAAUAGAAAUAUUUGUUUCGUUAAUUCCAUUACUUGUAUAGUAUUUUUUAUGUGGUUAACUAUAAAAUUCUGAGUGCGUAAAUUGUUGGGCUGUUAUAUUUGUGUAUAGCAACCUAACAUCAAUAUAACACACAAUCAACGUAGCGCACUCACGUUGUUAUGGGUUGUUAUAUUUGUGCAUAACAACCUAACAUCAGAAUAAAACACAAUCAACAAAGCGCAGACGCACGUUGUUAUGGGUUGUUAUAUUUGUGUAUAACAAUCCAACAUCAGUAUAACACACUAUCAACGUAGCGCAGACUCACGUUGUUAUGCGACACUUUUGUCGCAGCGUCGUGUCGCGUCGCGCGGCGUCGUUCCGCCCACCACAGCUACCUCGAAAGGAAACAAUGAUGUACCUCAGUUAUACAAUAGUAUCUAUUUUAAUGUUGAUAUAGUAUACAUUUUUAACAUAUAUCCCACCAAACAUUAGACGAUUAAUGUUAUCAUAAUUCAUAGUGAUGCUACCUCAUUUAGUUAAGUUUCUAUAUUUAGUCUCGUAAGGCCCGGCUUUAUAAUAUAAGCACUUAGUUUUUUUUUGGUUGACAAUAUUGGUUAUAGUUUUGAAAGGAAUUAAACACAAGUAACUAAAUUUUAGGCCUUAAUAGCUUAAUUUAUAAUUAAACUAUUAAGGCUUAAAAUUUACUGGCUAUAGACUCAGGAACUCUUAGAUAUACCCCCACUUUUUACAAUAUAGUUUUUAUUGAUACACAACAUAGAUCCAGCUAUUAUUCAAAGAUAGUAUUUUUUUAAUAAUAUUUUACUUCAUACUUUUUUCUUCACUAAAAUUACGGUAUGAAAGGGCUAGAAGCCCAAGAAAAGUUCCCCAACCUAAAAUAUCUGUAUAUUUUAUUUGUUCUGUUUAAAAAAAGUUGUAAUUGAAUCAUCCAACAAUGAAAUAUUUUUUCAUAUAGUUCUCAACAAUGGCCAUUUCUAAGUUAAAUGUGACCGACCUCCUUUAACUGUUAUUUUUGUGUCAAUUUAGUAAAAUUCCAUUGAUUAACUCGGAAAAAAUUAAUAACUUGUGUGUAGGGUAUUACAUCACUCCCUCUACUCGAACGAAAAUCAAAAUUAAAAUAACUGUUAUUCAUUAUUUUUUUCACUUCCUUGGAUCCUUUGUAUGUUUAUUAGAUUAUUAUCACUUUUAUAUCAGUGUUCCGACCAUUGAAUUAUAGUGGACUGACGAAAUUUAUUUCACACAGAAAUCCAUUACUAAUUUUAUAUAUUUUUAUAUAAUGUAGCUACAUUAGACGUUAUAAAUUCUACUGUGUAUGUGGGCCUUACGAAGCUAAAUUCGUUUGUAAUCGGCGUCGAGUUUCUGAACGUGUGUGCGAUUCUCGUGUGUGUGUGCAGGAUCGAGAAUUAUUUCAAAGGCGGAUCUACUGUCACCCGCAAAAUUGCAAAAAUGCACCGAAGGAUUAAAAAAAACAAUAAAAAACGAUAUUUGGGAGCUGAAAAAAAAUUUAAAUCGUUACAUACUAUUCAGAAGCGUGAAUAACAAAAUCCGUUUCCAUUAACAUGAUUCCGUUUCCAAUAACAUGAUUCCGUUUUCAAUAACAAGAUUCCAUUUUCAAUAACAUGAUUCCGUUUUCAAUAGCAUGAUUCCGUUUCCAAUUACAGGAUUAAGUUUUGAAUUUUAAUAAUAUUUUCAAUGAUAUGAUUACAUUUUCCCCUAAAAAAACAAAAUGUUUUGGAAGGCAUUGCUGCAUGUUUUUUUCUGUUUUAUGAUAGGCAAGUAGCAACAUAAUGGCUUAUAUGACAUGUGUCACAUAAUAUAAAGUUAAGAGAAUGAACGAGCGAAAAGUCAUACCAUAUACUUAACACAGAAAGAAACAAUAUAUAGCGUUCCGUUUCUAGGAUAUUUAUGUACGACGUGCGUAACGAGUAUGUAACGAUUUAAAUGUUAAUUUUCCACAAUAUGAUAAGUAUUGCCGAAAUUUAUAACUAUGUUUAUUGGUAAAUAAUAGAAUUCGUUUCAUAUAUUUAAAAAAUAUAUCCAUAAAAAUCUAUUAUUAUAACUGCAAGAGAAGAAUCUUUAUUUCUGGAAAUUAUGAUGAAAUUUUCAAACGAAUUGCGAACUAAACUAAAACUUUUCGGUCAUAAAAUUUUGCAUAAGAGUAUUAUUUUUUUUAUAUAUAUAUAAUUUUUGGAUAUUGCCAGAAGAUGAUAUUUUUGUCAAAGUAUCUAGAUAGCACCGAUAUAUUUGUUCGGCAAUACUUAUAAUAUGUUCCUUGUAUAUCAAAACAAAAAAAAUACUUAUAUUCAGUUAAACAAAAUAAUGUAAAAUAUUUAUAUAUAUGUAAUAACACAACACUAAAGUUUACAGAUACAGUUUUGUAAAUAUUUUAUCACGGUUUGCGGCACUUUUGGAACUUUCAUAUUUUUAUGCUUGAUUUGUUUGCACACCGCUCGUAAUGAUUGCCACGAUUGAAUUUUUGGGUUUAAUUUUUUAUUAUUAAGAAAAAAAAUUAGUUGAAGUUUUUGUGAAUUCUCGAAAUAAUAGCAAAGAGCGCUAAAGGUGUUAGUGGUUAUUUUUGCGCAUUUGAAUUUGUUUUUCUAGCGGUGGCGUUUUCGCAUUUCGUAUUUCGAUUCCUCUUUUUGUCUAUUAUUUUUUUUUUUAUAAAAAUUGUGACGCAAAGCGACGCGAUUUUAGUGUAAGUGAAUCGAUAGUGCUGUGAUAUUUUUAUGUAUAUUUAGAUCUUAAGUGUAGGCAGUGUGAAGAGCAAGUACAAAAUACAUUAUUUACGAUAAAAAAUAAUCGUUCGGUGCGCGUCCUUGUUUUGCGUCCUCGAGGAUUCUACGUCUACGUCUACGAUUACAAGGAAAACUUUGUAUACAAAAUACAUGAAAGUUGUAUCUUGUAUCAAGCGUAGCCAAGUUUCACGUUAAAACCCUGUUUUGCAGGAUUGUAUUUGAUGUGGGUAGAUAAAAAAAAGUGCCACUGGAGCAUAUCGUUGUUGCCAUAUUGUUGAGAGAUGAGAUUUGUUCUCAGACAAGACAAGGACGCCACAACACAACCGAAACGCAUAUGGAUGUAUCCAAACAUUGGUCAAUAUUUGUAUGGUGUAAAUAAUAGACGGUUCUGGUAAGAUUGUGCGAGAGAGGAACUGUGAAUGAAUUUAGACGUUUCUACCUUUAUCUUUGAUAAGCUAAGCAGUUGAACUUUUUGAGUGUUCUCGCACCUCGCACAUCUUUGAUGAUCCUUUUUAAACUCAUGUCUUGAACAAGAAAUGACAAGAUUUCGCUCGAUAUAAGAAAGAUAAAAUCACAUAUCCAAAGCAAGGCCGAUAAUACGAGUUUAAAAUUGCAAUAUUCUUGACGUCAACGAUUUUGUGAGAAAAAGGCUGCUAUUUUAUUUAGCGCACUGACUAGUUUUUCGUUUUGUAUCUCGUAUUUUCGGUCUGGCUUCACUUAGAAAUAUUUGUCGUUUUAAUCAGAGAUAAGAUGCGACCAAAUCCACACCAAAUCCAUAUGCGAUCAAAUAAGUCGUGUCAGAUUUCACGUGAAAUAAAAACGACAGGACAUCUGAUAGCAGAUGUGUUGCCAGACAAAACGGAAAAAAACUAAACGCGGUAGAUUUAACAGAGAAAGAAAAAAAAUAUUGAUAAGAAUAUUAAAACUCGGCGAAAUAUAUUUUCGAGAGAGUAAAAAAAAAAUAUUUACAAAAUUCGCGGCGAAGGGGUCUUAGUGAUAAAACGUAUCCAAAGACUGUAACGUAUUUAUAAGUUCGAUGAACUUAAUGAAGUAAUGGAGGUAAAUCCGGGGAAAAAAACGUCAGAUGUGAUCUAAAAAACUAUGAAAUAGCGGAUUAGCUUUCGAUAAAAAAUUUUGGCUUCGACAUAAAUAGACAAGAGACAGUCGCCGAGUGGCAGACUGGGAUAUAACAAUCAGGUUUUGGUACCGCAAAGGAAAUACCUCUGGCUAAGGGAUAUACGUAGACAGAAUUUGUUGAGGAAUAUAACCAAGCAUACAAAGACAUCGUGUCAUGCUUUUUUUUUAAAUUUUAUUUUUCAAAAAUAAAAAUGUACCUUUUGUGGAUGUCAGAGUUAGGUAGGAAGUAAAUUUAAGUAAAGUCAAAGAUGCAACAUCUAUCCAACAGACACAAUAGUUCAGACUGACUGACUUGAAAUUACAUUGGUUUUUCAACAUCGAGUAAUUCAAUGUCUUUUUCUUCAUUUGUGAGGUCAUUAAAAAUAGUUUAUGUUUUGGUCGUUAUUCCUCUACAAGUCUAAACAAAAUCUCUGUCUUGUUUAUAUAUCUUGGUCUGAGGGACAUAGCAUGAUGAAGUCGAUUGACGACAUGCAUUGGUAAAUAAUACAAAAUUAUAUAGUAUAAUAGUGGGGGAGACGUUUUGUGUAUGUUUCAAGUUCUAUUUCGGACUAAUAUCAGGAAGCAUUUUAGAAUCCAGAGUUAAAAAAAAAAACUUUGAAAAAAUAUUAUAAAAAAAAUGACUCUGAGACGGUUCUCCCCCUUUCGAUUAAUUCACUCUUGGUGUAUCUGCGCUGUAGUCACUCAUUAAGAUGCAAAGCUCCUAGAUACAUGAACUUUUGGUCGGCUGAUAAUCUUAAAGCCUUAUUUAAAGAUGUAAAUAUGGAAAACUAUGCUUUCGGCAAACAUUUUUUAAAACUAUGUCUCACCAAAAAAAAUGUUUUUUUUCAAAGCAGACUUUAAUUUUCAAUUUAAGGUAACCUCAUGUUUAUAUAACCAUGAGGUGAGGCCGAUGUGUGUUUAUCACCAAGCUUAUAUACUUUUGAAUAUGUUUUCGAUUGUUUUGUACAUGGUUUUAGCCGAUCAAAGGUCUGUGCAGGGCUUUUAGUUAUACUGUCUCUCCGUGUUUAGAGUGAAUGUUUUCGUGGUAUAAGUAUUUUCCUGUAAAUAAAUUUGCGAAGUGUCGAGACGACGAGUUAGUGCACAUAGGUUCAGUGUUCUUGACUACAGCGCAGUGUAACUGUCAAACCAACGCAAGCUUUGCUGCAAAAUACACUGCGACUUUAGUGAUUCUUUUAUUUCUUUUCUCAUUAAUAUUGAUAAAUUUUAUAUUCUUUAUUGGAUCAUUCGUGGACCUAUUCGAAUUUUGAGGAAUUUCGUGGAAAAUUUAUCACGUCAUUUGUCAAUAAUCUGAGUGGUCUAAUUGGUCCCAAUAGGUCUCCAUUGGGAGAAAAUUCAUCCUCAAACUGAGCUUCAAGUUAUACAUCAAACAUGACAAUUGUAUUCCAUUUAUCUGUCAAACUCACACGGAUUGUCUAAUCAAGACGUCAGGAUGGUCGUAUUAAUUGGAGUUAGAAAACUAACUCUGUAUGGGCAUUUGACGAUCACACUUAACUUGCCUCUAUAUACACCUUUAUUUCGAUAUUUUUACUGUCGAAUUCGUCUCUUUUUCGCUGUCUGGCAUAAUACACACACAGACAAAUAAAUUCGAAAAUCUCGUUAUCAUGUGGUGUUUGAUUACUUGAAGGCUUCCAAGGUAGGUCACAGUUUCAAGAUGUUUUCCAAUGUAAGUUACCUAAGUUCAAAUCUUUGGUUUACGUUUCUCUUAGAUGUGUCGCAGUGCAUUUUGUUCCGUUACGACAGUGUAUAGCAUAAUAUUUGGUGGUGUUACAUAGAAUUAUAUAAACCUCAACGUAAUAGUACUUAUUCAAAACUUCUAUAAUCAUAAUAAAAUAACAGUUUCUGUAUUUGUAUAUUUCGUCGCAAAGGUGUCAAUACUGUCGAGAUUUUAAUCUUUUAAUGAUGUAAUGGGGUUGAUCGUAUGAAUCCUAAGUUUUCUACGGACAUGGCAGAAGAAACAUGUGUCUGAAUUAAUUGAAUCGGUGCGAUAGGUAUUUGUGUAGUCUAUAAACUAUAAAUAUGGCACUAUUUGGCCUAUUUUAUGAAGUACAAAUUGACAACUACAUUGGUUAUUUUAUACGUAUAUUUAUUAGGAGUCGGGAAGUGGAUCGAUUUUUUAAAUCGUCUUUUAAAAUGAAACGAACCAAAUACCUAGGUAGGAUUUAAAUCAGAUGCUCAAAAUGUCAUAAAAUGACAGAUGUCGGAGAUCCGUAGAAAUUAAAUAAAAAUCCUUAAUAAUUGAAAAUCUCUGAGUACCAACAAAACAAAAGUCCCCUUGAUACUUUGUGUAAUCAUAAGAAUUUUAGUGAUGUAAUUUAUUGUGCAUUUAAUGUAUGUAUUUUAAAAUGUGCGUGGAUCGCAUUUUCAGGUUAUACUGUUAAAUCUAUUUACUAUUUAUAUUUAUAUUAUACAAAAAAAUCUAAAAUUGUGCUCUAUUUUAUUUUUGAUACGAGAAAAAUUUCGUAAUUGUAACCUUUGCGAUCUAAUUGUCCCUAGUUAUAGGUAUAGCGUUGAUCUCGUAUUGAGAAUAAUCUAGAUUGACAGACAAUGAGCUAUGUCACUGCGGAGUGACGAGUGGUGGAGUUUCGAGGUUAUUUUACUUUUGUUGUUUGCUGAUUUAAAAAAAUCUGCUCUAAAACGAAAUCUUUAAAACACUAAUAAAUGUAUUAACAUUCGGAAUUGAUGCUUAUUUUUAUGGAUGCUUGUUUUUAGGGUAAAGUUUGUCAAUUUGACAUUACCCAUAUGAAGUCCCAAGGAUCAUCCGAAAAGUGCUAAUGGCAUCUAUAAAGGAAGGAGUUUUGAGCAUUACAUGCAUAUUUUCUUGAUUAAUUUAAAUUAUGGAUUUGACAAUAUUUAAUAUUUUUUGAUUUUGUCUGUAAAUGUAGAUUAUUGAAGGAGAUCAACGGCGUUUAGGUUAGAGUCGAACACAGGGUAUUGUGGUUCUAUUUUACGGAAGUGUUAUAUGAUAUCUCGAUAAGUAAGCGACGACAGCAACCGAAGCUGAUGGUUUAACAAUACUACCUCAAUACCCGAUAUGUGUACAAAAUAGUUUCCAUCUAAAUCUGUCUUAAAAUAUAAGAAUACAGGCCGGGUUUAUGUGAACAAAUCUUUGUCGUAAAUAAUAAAAAUUAAAAAAAAAUACAAAAAAAAAUUGGUAAUUCCCAAAUAGUGUAAUAAACCCGGUCUUUACAUGUGUCAUGUAGUAAGCAAGAUGUCGUAUUAAAAAUUUCUUUUAGCGCUUCUAAAUUGUUGCAUAAUAAUAUUAAUAGGUCAUAAUAACACUUUUCUUUUUCUUUUUUUUUUGUAUCAUUAUAUGAUUUUGCGGAUGUAUUCUGGUGAACUUAUUCGUAAAGUCCUUGCCGCUAAAUUAAUAAUGUUCUAGAAUCCGUAGCUAAUGGCUCAAAACGCACGAUAUCUUAAGGAUUUUGCUUCGAACGAUUUACAAAGUACAAUAAAGAAUCGACUAAUAGUUUAAAGACUAGGGUAGACUCGAAGAAAGGAAGGAAAUCUUCAAAUCUUCCCUAAAAUCUAUCUUGCAAAUAAAAAUUCCUAAAAUCUAUCGGUGUCCACUGAGUAGGUAUAUAUAGAUAUUCUUGAAAUUAACGAAUUUGAAUUUGACAUCAAUGGCGACGUUCUAAAAUCCAAAUUGGCGGCAAGGACUUAAUUUUUUAUCUGUGGUAGCAUAAAAUGUCUCUAUGGCUACGAAGUUAUGUAUUUUCGUGCGUCAAGCUUGUAAUUGUAAAUAAGAAUUCUGUAUGACGCUGUUAUUCGCGCACUCCAUAUUGUAAAAUGUUUUUAUUUUCUGUAAUAUAUAGCUCGUGUUACUUGUAAGUUGAGAUACUGUAAAGCGUGGUCUGAGAUACCCGUAUCUUAGCUUUCGUUUUUGUUCUACAUUUUUAGAAGGGAUAUUUUUUGUUUUUUACUUUUCUUUUUUUAUUUUAAUUUUUUUUUUGGUGAUAGUAAGAAGUUUUGAAAGAUCGUGGUGUUUUUUUAGUUCGCUUUUAAUUUUGAUCUAUUGAAGUAGUUUCCAUUAAUUGUUGUGUAGAAAUUAAAAGGAAGCUUACUUUUUCACAACAAAAAAAUGUAAAAAAAGUUAAAAAUCUUAACAAUAUUAAGCAGUUGACGGUAGUCAAAUGCCCAUUUUGUGUUAGUUGUGUUUUGCUUAUUCUACAGAAUAAUUUGAAUAAAAAUAUUAUUGCUUCUAUGAAAUAAAUUAAAAAGAAGUUCUAUUUCUCUAGUGAGAUCAUGUUCCCUAGAACAGAUGAGAAUUACCGCAUAUUGUAGUAAAUACGUUUUUCUUAUUAUUUUUAAAUAUUAUGUUUUUUUCGAGCUAUGAUACCGGCUUUACAGUAUUGUUAUAAUGUACCGAUCUACCUCUGCAAAUGCAUGCCUCCAUUUUAAUACAUUUAUACAUUGUGUAAAUGUAAUUACAUAUAGUUUUUGUUAUUAAUAUUUUUGUAAUGUUAUAUAAAACAGAUAUAUAGGGUAAAUAAGUUUUAUGUGGUUAUUGUGCUAUUUUGAAGGAUAACUAUAAAGAAUAUAAUAAUCAUUGUUUCAGUUAAGUAGACGGAAUACUCCAAUCAGAAUUGUAUGGAACCAUAUUUGACAUAAUAAACAAUCUGACUAGUGGA